AUCAGACACUCACCAUGUUGGUUCAGACGGAAAGGAAGAAGAAAAGGAUUGUGGGAAAUAUAACUACCGCGACAUUUGGUAAUGACAUCAUCUGUACGCGACAGAACAUUAAAGAAGAUAUUCAAAGAAAGCUUGUUCACUGAGUCAAGUGUGACUGAAGAGCGCUGUGAUGGCCACACAGAGAGUACUCCCACAAAGCAAAGAAACUCUUCUGCAGAACUACAACAAGAGACUUAAAGAUGACAUCAGGUCAAUUCUUGACAAUUUCACCGAAAUAAUAAAAACAGCAAAGGUGGAAGAUGAGACUCAGGUUUCCAGGGCGACGCAAGCUGAGCAGGAUCACUAUGAAAUGCACGUGCGAGCUGCCAACAUUGUACGUGCAGGAGAGUCUCUCAUGAAGCUCGUCUCAGACCUGAAGCAGUUCCUCAUCCUGAAUGACUUCCCCUCUGUCAACGAGGCCAUCAGUCUCCGCAACCAGCAGCUGCGCACACUGCAGGAAGAGUGUGACAAGAAGCUCAUCUCCCUGCGUGAUGAGAUUGCCAUCGACCUGUAUGAGCUCGAGGAAGAGUAUUACUCCUCCAGGUACAAAUAGACCAGUGAUCCCAAACGUGUGCAGUCACCUCUGCCUUCCCUUGCUUACCAACAUCAUAAAUGCAUAUGUGCAUCAUAAGAACAUAACACAGGGUGAUUUAUGGAGCUAAAGGUAUUUUUAACUUUUUAGUUAAAAUUAUAGGCUCCAACUGGUUUUCAUUUUACUAAAAUAUCAUGUGCUAACCAUAUUGGUUUGCUAUUUGUUUGAAUUACACCAUCCCAUUUUGGUCCUCCAUACACAGUCAUAUCAUACCAUUGUGCCUUAAUAAGAGUGUUCAUUCUUGCUGGUAAGACAAUAACUAAUGAAAGAGUACAUUCUCCUUUGACCCAGUUCAGUCACAUAAUAAGACAAUUUAGAUACUGUGUGGCCCUUGAGUUUUAUUCCGCUUGUCAUAAUUAUAACAAGCCAGAUAUAUCUUUUUCUAAUAUAGCAAACAUAUAGCAAAAUCCAUCUAUCCAUUCAUGUUGUAGUCUCACCAAAGACAUUAUCAAGCACUUCCAGUAUAACUGAUUUUGCACAAGAAAACCCAUCUGUUAAACAAAUAUAAGUGCAUGUAAAUAUUUCCCCUCCAGGUGCCUUAAAUGAUUGUGUUUUAGAAGAUUUACUUGCAAUCAGGAUGUGUAUUUAGUGUUCUUGUUGGUGCUGUUUGGGUUAAAUUUACAGAGAUUAGUAUGAUAUUCAAAGAUUUUAAAUCAAUUCAAGCUGUCUUUGAAGCACACCGUUAUAAACAUUAAUAGUUAUAUGAGAAGAGACAUUUUGGAAAUAAUUUGAUAAAUUUGUACAUUUUUUAAGAAAAAUGUUCAUGUGAAUCUAAAAUUGGUAUUGGACUUGGCACAUUAAUUUUGGAUGGCAAUACUCAAUGAUGAGCUUCAAAUUUCAAAGCACUUUAGAAUUUGUAAAAAAAAAAAAAAAAAGAAUGUAGGGUGCUGUGUGUAUUGUAAAAAUUACUUUAAAGAGUCAUAUUAAUUAGCUUAGUGGAAGAAAAUCAAAAAUCAGUUUAUAUAUUCAUAAAUGCAGUGAUUUUUUUUUUUCUCUCUCUCUCUGUUAAACUAUCAAAGUUUGUGUAAACUGGGAAAAUAUUUAGCUUUCAGUGGCAUAUGUGGCAUGUUUAAAAUGUAAUAUUUAUCAUUUAUGGAGUGUUUGAAAUUGCACUACACUGUGUUUCUUUGUGGUGACAUUUUAAGUAGAAACAGUGUUGGUCACAUUAGUACCUGUUCAAAAUGUGUCAGAAUAUUUGUCAGUUUUUUCACAAACCAACUGGUCGUUUCAAAUUUCAUAAAUAAACCAGAGAUAAAAUAGAGCACA